AUGAAGCUCUACAUUUUCUUGGUCAGUCUCACCGUCGCCACGAGCGCAAUGGCAGCGGCUGUCGACACCUUGUCCGGUGUUCCACGCAAUGUGCGGGAAUUCCGUGAAAAACACCCAGUCGCAAAACGGACACCCAACUGUCGUAGAACAUACACACCUCGGGCUUCUCGUGACGAUUUUGACGAUGUUUCCGACGAGCUCUUAGCUACUAUUAAGAAAGCCAACAACGGUGGCACCGUUUAUUUGCCCGAAGGGCAAACAUUUGUUAUUGGCAAGCCUCUCGACCUGACGUUUCUGAACGACAUUCACGUGCGACUCGAAGGAACAAUCAAGUUUACGAACGAUGUUCCCUACUGGCAAAAGCACGCUUUCUACCACCCAUUCCAGCGUUCACUUAUGUUCUGGAAAUGGGGUGGAAAGGACAUCAAGAUUUUUGGGGAGGGUACUCUGGAUGGACAGGGACAGAGGUGGUGGAACGAGUUUUCCGGCGCAGAGAUCUUGGAUCCCGACAAUGAGUAUCUUCGGCCCAUUCUCUUCUACGCUGAGCAUGCGGAGAACUUGCAUCUCGAAGGCAUCCUCAUGAAAGACUCACCGGUUUGGCACAAUUUCAUCGUUGAGUCCAAGUACAUCACCUAUAGAGACGUGAUUGUUGAGGCCAAAUCGAAUAACGCUACUGUCGAGCCCAAAAACGGAGAUUUCUUCAACUCGCUCAAUGUGGAGCACAUCAAGAUUGAACGGGUGUGGGUCGACUCUGAUGACGACUGUUUCUCACCCAAGUCCAACAAUACCGAUCUGCACGUCAAUACAAUGUAUUGCAACAACUCCCACGGACAGUCACUUGGCUCUCUUGGUCAAUAUGAGGGUGAGUAUCUCUUUGUAAAAGAUGUUGUGAUAGAAAACAUCUGGAUGCUCAACGGUAACAACGGAGCCCGAAUCAAGGUUUGGGCCGGAGAGCACGUAGCAACGGGUUUUGUGGAUAACAUAACCUUUCGCAACUUUUACUCGGCAAACGAUGACUGGCCGAUUUUUCUCGACUCUUGCUAUUUCAAUAUCGAUGCAGAGACGUGUAACAGGUUUCCGUCCAAGAUGAAGGUCAGCAAUGUUCUCUUUGAGAACUUCCAAGGUUACUCAAGUGGAACUCGUGGUCGCGCCGUCGCGCGCGUGAGUUGCUCAACAAACGAAGACGGUCUAUGCCAAAACAUACGCUUUAAGAACUUCAACAUCACCAGCCCUUGUGGUGGGCAGUCGGUAGUAAUAUGUGACGGUCUGGAUGGAGACUUGGGAGUACCUUGUGUGCCAUUCAAUAGCGUUGAAGCACAAGAAGCACUUGCCGACCGUUGCGCUGGAUCGAAGGCCUUCAUUGAGCCCCCUUGGCCAGUAAGGGAUUAUGGCGCUAGGGACUGA